AUGGCGCACACUUCCUCUUCUCCCUCAAAGAAAACGCAAAGCGUCAAGUUUCAAGGAAGAUUCGAAACAAAUUACAAUUCUGAAGAGAUGUUCGAACUCGUCGUGAAGAUUAGAAGAAAUCAAGAACAAAGGAUAGAACUCUCCAUCAAAAAUCGCCGGAAAAAGCGAAGAAAUAUUAUUCAAGAAAAAAUGGCAAGCAAAAAUCAAGCUGAAAAAAUUCAAACCAAAGACCUUAAGUGUACAACCCAUUUGUUGACUGAGAAAUUCAAAAAUAUGAGCGAGGAAAAGAAAGCAAUUGUUAGGGAUUUGGGAUUUGGUGACCUUAUGCACAUCCCGCCGCUAAGGGUGCAUCACAAACUGUUAAAGGAGUUGGAAAACUCCUUUAAACUUGGGAAAAACACACUUGAAACCGGCUAUGGUUCGUUUAGAGUAAGACCAAGCACAAUAGGGGCUGCGCUUGGCCUCAACGCGUCAAGUAACUCAUUACAGACAUAGGUGUAUAUGAGCCAUAUUGGGGUGUUUUUCAAGUGAUGUUUGGGUGUAUUUCAUGUGAUUUUCAUACUAUGUUAUUUUUCUUUUUGUAGGAGAUCUAUUCCCUUAGAAAGUCAAUUAUAAGAAACUUUCUGAAG